AUGGCUCCCCCGGCUACGACCCUGACACUGCUGGCAAUGGCCAUGGCCACCAUGGCUGUCGAUGUGAUCCCUCUGGACAUGGCCCCGGACUCCUUCGAUGAUAAGUACCAGGGCUGUGACACUAAAAUGAUCGCGGAAUUACCAGCUCUCAACAACUCCGAGUUCCAGCAGAAUCCUCUUUUUGCCCAGGCCUUGCUUAAUGCCACAGCCAAGUGGCGAGGUCAGAAGUCCCCUGUGUCCUCUCUGUCCUCUCCAGCCCAGGCCAUCGCCCUCAUGGCCUACACAAUGAAUGAGCUGUACAGAGAGUUCAACGAAGCCGUGCGUACAGCCGGGCGCUCCAGCCAGGAAUACCGGGACAACUUCCACUUCAAAAUGCUGCAUUUCCUGCUGACCCAGGCCCUGGUGAUGCUGAGGCAGGCUCAGAAUGGGCAGUGUCACAACGUGUAUCUGGGGGUGUGCAAGUACAGGUUCAAGGCAAAGCCCAGUGACAUGGUCCGGUUUGGUCAAUUCUCUUCAGCAUCACAGAAUGAAAAAACUGCCCAGCACUUUGGGAGUGCCAUGGUGCUCCAGGUGUACGCGUUCCACGGAGCAGCAAUCUGGAAUUUCUCCAAGUAUCCUAAUGAGAAGGAGGUGCUGAUCCCACCAUAUGAGACCUUCCAGGUCAUCAAAGUCAGCCAGGAAGGAGAAAAGGCGAGGAUCCAGCUCCGCUCCAAUGGGAACUUCAGCAACUACACCUGCGAGUGGCUGCAAGGUGGAAGCAUCCCCAGGGCUCCCUCCCACCUUGGAGGACUUCUCCUGGCCACCACAACCUUGGCAGUGCUGUGGGGACAGGCCCUGAGUGCUGAAUGUGGGUGGGAGAGUCCCCAGGGCCACCUUCCACCUUGGAGGACUCCUCCUGGCCACUACAGCCCUGGCACUGGCCACUGGGAUCUUCUGAGCCACAAGACCACCACAGCCUCCAAGGUCACUGUGGUCACUGUAGCAAGCAUGGCCACCAUGAUCACCAUCAUCACUGUGGCCUCCUCGAUCACCAAAAACACCAGGACCCCCAGAGAAACAAGGCCUCCAAGGCUAUGA